AUGAAUCGUUGGCUUCUAGGCCUUGUUCUUCUAGUUAAUAUAAGCUGUAAUGCUUCUUCAAAACGUAAGUCUACUAUGUUUUCAAAUUUACUAAGUAAAUUUAAGUAAAAAAUACUCCAGCUGAAGUUUCUUCUAAUAACAUCCCUUUAUGGCUUCAUUGUGGCUGUAUUGUUACUUGCCGUUCCCUCUUUGUACUAGCCUUACUUUGUUUUAGCCACAGUCCUUGGUGUAGUGAACCGAAAACGUUCUCCAUCAGCCCCAGUAAGCCCUUUAAAGCUUACCACAGUAGAAACUGUCUGCAAAUCCUCCGGAAUCUCAGUUCAUCUACGUACUGAGCACAAAUUUACUGGUCAUGUUACAACCCUUCUUGACCCAGUACUAUUCCGUCAUCAGUACAAUAAUGUUGAUGAGAUACGUUAUCAUCUAUGUCAUUUCCAACCAUUCGAUGGUGGAGAACAGUUUGGUCUGAGAUCAAACGAUGACCCUAAUGGGCUUCAAAGCGAUGGAACGUUCACUAGACUAAUGCAUGAUGUUGAUGUAUUACCAGACAUGAGGACCAAAGAUAUGGAUGGACAAGUGAAUGUACCUGUUUGUGAUCUGUAUUUGGAGAAGGGAAGCGGUGAGAAAAUAAGAAAUAAAUUUAAAAAUUAAAAAAAAUUAAAAAAUUUCUAAAAAUCCCAAAUUAUUAAAAAAAUCAUCAACAAUGUUCCAGAAUUCGGCAACGUAGUAGUACCAGGAGCAUACCGUGCCCAAGUAGUACUACAAGCUCACGGAAUUCACGCACCAGAAAUAGUGACACAUCAAGAUCAAAUCAUUCAAGUUUCUUGUGAUUAUACCGAGUUUUUGAGGAAACACUACUUCAACACGACUGAUCGAUUCAUUCCCGAAGCCUUCAUUGGCGGAUUAACCACUGUUUUCCCUAAUGCGGUAAGGGGUUUCAGAUAUUUUUAUUAGAUUUUUUAAGUAAUUCUGUGCCCCGUAACCUCAAAAACUUGCUUUGACAUGGAGCACAGAAUUAAAUGAACAACGUAAUAGAUACAAGAACGGUAGUUUUGAGCAUGAACUGGCUGCUUUUUAGGUUUUUAGUAAGCCUAGUUUAGGUAUACCAUUUUUUUCAUUUUUAAAAAUAUUUUAAAAUUAAAAAAAAAGUUCGCUUUGUAAAGAAAGUAAUUGCCCUUUUCAAUUUCCAAAUAUGGUUUUAGCCUUUUUUAAAAUUGAAUUUCAGGAACAAGGAGAGCAAAUAGAAAUGGGAGAAAAGAAGGUAAUGGCUCAUGUAGAUGAUUUAGCCGAAGCUCGGUUUGAACUGUUACCACCAGUAGAAGAGUAUGAUUUUGUGAUUACCAAAUUGACAACCAGCUCAUUCUGUGACAACUUAGAAAUUAUCAGAGAAGGGUGAGUUUUAAAGUAAAACUAUUAGGUUGUUCAAAUAAUUCUGCGCCUCCAAACCCAAAAUUGUUUUGAAAGAGGGCACAGAAUUAUUUGAGCAAUCUAAUACAUACGGAUUAAAAAAAUUUUUUAAAUCAAAAAUUUUUGUUAAAAAUGCCAUUUUAGAUGUCCCGUCUCAAACCUCAGCAACAUUGCCUAUGUUGGAGAGGUGAACACGGUUACGAGAACAGUAAAAACCUUUAACCUUCUUCCAAUGGAUUUUUUAUGUGAUACCAAAAAUGGAAUAGCCGUACAUUAUGAAUAUGUUGUCUGUAAAGGAAGUUGCCAUCGGCCAGUUUGUCCUUCCAAUGACAAAGAAGACGAAGUUGAACAGAAACGUAAGAUAUUAAUAUAAUAAUAAUAUACGAGAAAUAGCAUUUAAAAAAUUUUUUUUGGGAAAUAGCAAGAAUUUACUUUACAAAAGAUAAGAUGGCAAGAACUUUCUUUACAAAAGAUAAGAUGGCAAGAACUUUCUUUACAAAACAAAAAAUAGCAAAACAUUUCUUUACAAAGCUAAAACCAUACCUAAUUUAACCAAAAUUUCAAAACUUUUAGCCGAAAUCAAGUUGUCAAUUCGAAAAACCUCCCAAAUCCAAGCCACACAACCAGAAGUUAAAAUAUCGCCGGAGGACAUUGAGGCAGUUUGUCGCAGCGACGGAAUUCAAAUAAAUUUCAAAACUCAAAAGCCAUUUUAUGGUCAAAUUCAUCUGGUCGAUUAUUAUGAGACUUGUAACAUGGACGUCAUGAAUCAGACCGAAUUCGAGUUUAACUUGGGCAAAUUUGGCAGGAAACGGCCGUUUGGCGACAAAAUGACAGACGACGACUUUGGUGAUACUGGAAACUGUAGCUUACGGUAGGCUGAUUUCAAAAUUAAGAAUAAUAUGAGUUAAAAGACAAGGAUUCCCGUAUUUUACUUUUAAAUGAUCCAUAAAAAUGUUUUCCAUCAUAUAACUUGUCCCCUGCAGGCUGCACACAACUAAUUUUACUUGUUUUGUAUAAAAAAGAAGUAACUUUGUUUACAAAGGCUGACAUGGCAAAAACUUUCUUUACAAAGAAAAAAUUGCAAGAACUUUCUUUACAAGGGCUAACAUGACAAAAACUUCUCAUAAAAAGGCUAAACUAGUAAAAACUUUUAUUUAUAACUUGUCACCUGCAGGCUGCACACAGCUAAUUUAGACUUGUUUUGUAUAAAAAAAGAAGUAACUUUCUUUACAAACUCAUAAAACAACAAAAAUUUAAAAAACCCGAAGGAAUUUUCUUUCCAAACAAAAAAAUAUAAAAAAACGUCAAAAAUUUCCUUUACAACCCAACUUUUCAGUUGGUCCCUCGGAGAUGUGCCAUUCUUUUCCGGCCAAAUCCUGAUUUCCCAGAACAAACUCAAAAUGCCAGAACUCAUCACAUCGAUGGAUCAGGUCUUCAAGUUCGCUUGUGAUUACUCAGAAUCGGCCAAACGGAAGUCCUUUAAUCAAAGGAAUGGCUUAGGGCGGAUCACGCAACUCUUCCCCACCAAUAGCCGAAAUCAAUCUCCAUUUUCACAAUUAAUGGCCGAUUUUAAUGGAGAGUUGAGUGUUGAUUUGGACGAAAUUGUCGAAUUGAACUUUGAAAUGGUCGAGACUACGCCAGAAUAUCAAGACUUUUACAUUAAGGAGUGUACGAUUGGGAGAAUGAGUCGAUUAAGAUAUGUUGAGCAUGGGUAAGAUGGAGUUUUACAUGGACAGUGAAAAAUAUUAGCAUAAGCUAAGACUUGAACAUAAUAGGCUCAGUAGAAAUGCUGACUUUACAAAUUUAAAAAUUGCAAGAACUUUCUUUACAAUACCGGAAAUGGCAAAAACUUUCUUUACAAACCAAAAAAUAGCAAGAACUUUGUUUACAAACCAAAAAAUGGCGAGAACUUUCUUUACACAUCAUUUAAUUGCAAGAACUUUCUUUACAGACCAUAAAAUUACAAAAAUUUUCUUUACAAACUAAAAAACAGCAAUAACUUUACCUACGACCCCUCUUUUCAGCUGUGUCACCCCAGCUUUCGAGAACAAGUUGAUUCACGGUGAAAUCGAUAGUCAAUACAAACGCCAACGUUCCUUCAAAAUGCAACCGUUCCUAUUCAUGGACGAAUCGGAUCACAGCGCAUUAGACGUGGAAUGUUCAUUUGAAUAUUGUGUUGGUGCUUGCGAACAGCCCGACUGUGCGGCUAUGGCGGAAGAGGAGAAAGAGGCGGAGAGACGUAAGGUUUUAAACUUUGAAAAAAAAAUUAAAAUUUCAAAAAAAAAUUCAAUUUCAAGUUUUAAAAUUUUUAAAAAUCCCCUUUUUCAGCCACAGUAACCAUCAAUGUGAACAAAGUAAGUGUACCAAAGGAAGAGUCAGUAGCACCAAUUAUCCCAGUCCACUAUAUCCAAACCUUAUGUACAAGCAAUGGAAUUCACGUUGAAGUUCGAAACCGUGAAGCCUUUAGCGGUCGAUUUUACGCUAUGCGACGCGCUUCUGAAUGUUAUCAACACUCGGAACACAGCGGAGUGAUCAACAUGUAUUUGGGUAAGAUUUUAUGCCUUUGGCUUUCAAAAACGGCCUAUUAUAUCUCAAAAUGAUCAAAACAGAGCUAUUCAUAUCUUAAAAAAUCGAGAAAAGGAUCGGUAAUAUAGUGAAAUUGCAACAAAAAGUGAAAAAAAUCGAAAUUAAUACCUAAAACACACCAAAAUCAACAAAAAUACUUUAAAAUGUCAUGAAUAAUAUAAUUGAUGUAAAAAAAAUUAAAAAAAACCCAAAUAUGAAUUAUAAAACUACAAAAAACCCCAACUAUAAAGAUACAAGUAACAUUUCACUCAAAAAUUGCCGGAAAACCCAAAUCAGUUCGGCAGAAAGCCACAUUUUUGGCAAUUUCGUUUUCGUCGCGGGACUUGAACAAAUAGUAAAUGUAAAGAAAAAUAUAGAUUUUGAUUAGAGGUGAGAAACGGGCCGAGAUUUGGGCCCUCUCGGGCCUGAGCAGGCCCGUUUUUUGAAAAAUUUUUUCCCGCGCUUUUUUUCUACUGUUCGAAUUGGUCUGAAACUUUUUCUACCCCUAUGUUUUGAAUGGUCCUAACUACUAUAAAUGACCUUAAAAUUUUGAUAUCUCUUAUCGUUUUUGAGAUAUGGACUUGGCGGGAAAAAAAUAUUCAAAAAACGGGCCCGAUCGGGCCCAAGGCCCGGCCCGUUUCUCACCUCUAAUUUUGAUGGCAAUUUACAACUUUUUAGAUACUUUUAAAUUUAUUAUAUUUGUGAAAUGCGUAUUUUAUCAUUUUAUCUUAAUAAUCUUGUCUUCAAAAGUAAAAAAUGUAAAAAAUAUUUUUUUUUAAAUAGUUUUUUUUUCAGGCCUGCCCCAAAACUACUCCCAUCGUGUAGAACAACCAGACUGUGACAUCCGUGAAUUCGAAAACAAUACGUUAGGACAAUUUUUGAUUUUCGAGCCAGAUAACAGUAAAUUGGAUGGGCUAUUGACGCCAUUGGACCGAAUUUACUGGAUCAAGUGUAAUUACAGUGGAUUUGUGAAUGAAGACAAGAAUGGCGUCAAAUCCGUUGAGGAACACACUGAACCGUUUUUUGGUAAGUUUAGGGUAGUGUAAAAUUGAAGAGUGAUGAUAUUGUGGGGUAGGGUAAAGGAAGGUAGGUUAGGGUAACGUAAGCUAAGGUAAGGUAGGGUCGGUUAAGGUAUAGGAUAGAGUAGGGUAUGGAAUGAUCCAAGGCAGGGCAUGGUAAUCAAACUAAAAAGAGUCGUAAAAAAUAUAAUGAACAUAUAUUUUUAGGUAACACAAUCAUGGUAUACCCAAAAAUAGCCGAAUCUGGUGAAGCCGACUUUGAAAUGACAGAAAAUGCAUUUGUCAAAGAAACCUUCAACAUGGAGUUAUUAAAUGGCGACAAACUCAUUGAUGUAGGUUUUUUAAUUUGUUUUAACUUUAAAAUUUUGUUCAAAGAAAGGUUUUGCCAUUUUUUGCUUUGUAAAGAAAGUUUUUGCCAUUUUUUAUUCUGUAAAGAAAGUUCUUGCCAUUUUUUCGUUUGUAAAGAAAGUUUUUGCCAUUUUUAAACAUUUUUUUUAAAUUUCACUAUAAAAUAUUACGUUAUCUCAUGUUCCAGGUCUACCCAACCGAAGCCCUCCAAAUCGAAUUCGAAAUGGCGCCAAACCCACGAUACGAAAACUUCAUGGUAACCGACUGUUGGUUCGGCAACGACCACAUGCCAAGAGACGAAAAGCUCCAAUUGGUCACCCAAGAAGGUUGUCCCAAUCCAUAUUAUGUACCAUUAAUGUCAUCGGAACCAAUUCAUCGUAGCAGUAUCGACCGCAAGGUGGUGUUGAACGUGCACGCAUUCAUGAAUCAAAGUCGACUACUCAAACGAGCCUUCGAUUUCGAUUGUCAGUUAUGGUUCUGUGAGAAAGAGUGUCCUGUUCAGGAUUGUACCCGGAAUGGAGCUGGCUUGUUGCAUCCUCUGCACGGUGCAAUGGAGUUUUUGAGUGAAAUGUUCGAGACAUAA